AUGGACUACAGUCAACAAUAUGGAGAUAUUCAGAAAUCAGAAUUUACACAAUGGAUGGACUACAUCGAUGAUUGUCUUCCCCCGCCUCCGCCGCCUCCGAAGAUCCUCCUUGCAAAACCCUCGCCGGUCCCCGCGGCCGCCCAGGACUCUUCCUCCGCCGGAGCUCCUCCGCCCUCCUCCGUCCCCAGUGGCUUUUUACUUCGGUCCUCUCGCAACGCUCCUCAACCAGGAUCCCUAAAUCUCUUCUCGGAUACUUGGGAGUUCCACACUGAGAGAAUCCUACCGUUUUUGACAGACAACACUGAUUUCAAUGUUGUUGGGAUUAUUGGGCCAACCGGAGUGGGCAAGUCGACUAUUUUGAAUGAGCUUUAUGGAUUUGAUGGAAGCUCUCCUGGAAUGCUUCGGCCUUUUGCAACACAGUCUGAAGAAACCAUAGCCAUGGCAAAACAUUGUACUGCUGGGGUUGAGCUGAGGGUUUCUUCUGAAAGGCUAAUCCUCCUUGAUGCUCAGCCAUUGUUCAGCCCUUCUGUUUUAGUUGAUAUGAUGAGACCUGAUGGUUUAUCUACAAUUUAUGUACUUAAUGGAGAGUCCCUAUCAGCAGAUCUCGCUCAUGAAUUGUUGGGAAUUCAGAUUGGUGUUUUCCUACUAUCUGUCUGCAACGUGCUGCUGGUUGCAUCAGAGGGAAUUUAUGAUUUUGGCAUGUGGAAGUUGAUGCUGACAGCUUGGACUUCUAGACAAGGUGGAGCUGGUGAUGAGGAUGAUGAUGAUCAAAAGGACUGAUUUUUUUUUACCUUUGAAAACAAUGAGUGUGUGCUGUAUAAACAAUAUUUAUCAUGGUGUGUGUUGUAUAAAUAAUUUUAAUUAUGUUGGGAUAUUUUUAUUAAAAUAUUUGUGUUAUAUAUG